GAAAACGUUAAAAACCUACCCCAAAAACUUCAACAAAAAAAAAAAAAAAAAAAAAAAAAAAAAAAGAGGUUGGAGGGGCAAGAAAAGAUGGAUUUGAAAUUCAAGGUACAUUUUGCAUUGGUGUUGCUAUUUCUAGCACACUUUGGGGAAUCUCAAACUGGAGUUUUUGAUAUAACUAAAUAUGGUGCUAAUAGCAAUGCAGAUAUUAGUGAGGCAUUGUUGAAUGCUUUUAAAGAAGCAUGUCAAUCAACAAGUCCAAGCACAAUUGUGAUCCCAAAGGGAACAUUCACAAUGAAUCAAGUAAAACUAGAAGGUCCAUGCAAAUCCCCACUUGAACUUCAAAUCCAAGCCACUUUGAAAGCUCCUUCAGAUCCUAGCCAACUCAAGGUUGGUGAAUGGUUAACUGUAAAUAAACUUGAUCAGUUCACCAUGUCUGGUGGUGGUAUUCUUGAUGGUCAAGCUGCAGCUGCUUGGGAAUGCAAAAAAUCCGUAAAAUGCAAUAAACUUCCCAAUAACUUGAGUUUCAACUCCCUCACAAAUUCCACAAUCAAGGACAUAACAACACUGGACAGCAAAUCAUUCCAUGUCAACGUAAACCAAUGCAAGAACCUAACAUUCAUUCGAUUCAACGUUAGUGCACCAGCCAACAGCCCAAACACAGAUGGAAUUCAUGUCUCGAGAUCGAGCUCUGUGAAUAUUACAGAUUCAAAUUUUUCUACAGGAGAUGAUUGUAUUUCAGUUGGUGAUGAAACAGAACAACUUUAUAUUACUAGAGUUACAUGUGGACCUGGACAUGGUAUUAGUGUUGGAAGUCUAGGUGGAAAUCCAGAUGAAAAACCAGUGGUUGGAGUUUUUGUUAGGAAUUGCACUUUUACUAACACUGAUAAUGGUGUUAGAAUUAAGACAUGGCCUGCUUCUCAUCCUGGUGUUGUUAAUGAUGUUCAUUUUGAGGAUAUUAUUGUGCAAAAUGUUAGCAAUCCUGUUGUUAUUGAUCAAGUUUAUUGCCCUUUCAACAAAUGCAACAAAGAUUUGCCAUCACAAGUGAAGAUCAGUAAAGUGAGUUUCCAAAACAUAAAGGGAACAUCAAGAACUCAAGAUGCAGUGUCACUUCUCUGCAGUAAAGGUGUACCUUGUGAGGGUAUUGAAGUUGGAGACAUUGAUAUAACUUACAGUGGAAAAGAAGGGCCAGCAAAAUCAAGUUGUGAGAAUAUUAAGCCAAGUUUAAAAGGCAAACAAAAUCCACCUGUUUGCACUGCCACUGCUGCUUCUGCUCCUGCUGCUUCCUCUUCUUAAUUAAGAUUUAUUCAUAUUGUUAAGUGUAAUUUACUAUUUUUGUUCAUUUGUUCUCCCACCUUUUUUGUACUUGUCCAUAAAAUAGGAUGUCUACUCUAAGGUUUACAAAAUGAACAUGGAAAAAAAAAAGUGUAAAAAAAAUUAUAAUUCAAUAAAAAAAAGUAACAAAUGGAUUAGCUUUUGUAGGGCCUUUUUUCUUCUUUUUGUUGGCUAUUCGUUAGGUAAAUGAUUGGACUACAAUUAAUUGAACAUGUAAUUGUUGUGUU